UGGACAGUUUUCUCAUGUUUAAAUCUUUAUUAUUUUCUUUGUGAAGAAUGAAGAGCAAAGAGGACAACGACAUUUAUUCUACAGUGAAUAUCAAAAAUGAAAAACCUUCUCCAGAAAGUCGAGCAGAAGAGGAAGCAUCAACACCCUGUCGCUGCUCUCUGAUGCUGCUGUGUUCUCUGACUUUUUCUGCCCUCUUAGCUGCAAGAAUUGUCAUCACCAUGCAGAUUAAUGUGAUGAUGAUCAAGCAACAGGAAACUAUCAAUAAUGUUACCACAGAAAAUGAGCGACUGAUUGAGGAAAGAAAAAUAAUGGAGGACCAGAACAAAGAGCUGAACAGGACACUGGGACUCAUCCUGAAAUUUGAAAACAUUCCAGCAAAAGACCUCUGCCCUAACAAAGAGUGUAAAGCGUGCCAGAAGAACUGGAUUCCCUUCCAGAAAAAAUGCUACUUUUUUUACAGUCCACAUCCGUGGCUGACCUGGAGUAAAAGUCGAGAUUUCUGUCAGGACAAACAUGCAGAUUUGGUCGUUAUUGAUGAUCUGGAGGAGCAGGAAUUUGUCAGCAAUCACACCAAAUACUACUAUGACAACGACCAUGGAUACUGGAUGGGAUUACAACAAACUAACAACAACUGGAUCUGGGUUGAUGGACGAAGAGACACUCUUGGGUUCUGGGUGAAGGAGAAUCUCCGUACUUCAGGUCCAAAAGCGCUGCUGAUCCCGAAGAGAAAAUUCACAGAAAGUUGGGCCAAAGCAGGUGAUGGUUUUGCAAACAAAUUCAUCUGUGAGCGUGAAGCUCUUCUCGGGUUCAUGUAGCAGGAUUCCUGCAGGAUUGAUACAGCGUGUCAUAGAUUUUUGGUAAAUUUCAGAACUGAACAUGAAAACAUCUUUAUGUUCAAGUUCUCUCACUUUAGAACAGAAAAUAUAUUUAAAAUAAACCCAAAGCAUAAGUUGAUCCAAAGCUUAUUUUGACAGGAAUGUGGAUUCCUGUCCACACUGGGUUCACAUUAGGAGAAUCUGGUUUCAGAGAAUUUAUUUUUGGAGUGGACCAAACGGAGCCCUGAUGUAUGCCACGUCUAGAAAUCUACCUUACUAGAUUUGUAUCACACUCUGCCUUUCUUCAGCAACUUUUGGUAUUAAGGCAAAUCAUAUGUCCAUCAUAAUUUAUACAUAUAUAUAUUAGAGAUUAUUUAACCAUUGUGAUUAUGUUUGUGUUUCAUUAGGAGGAGGUUACUGAAAACCAAAAAUCCUUUAAGUCUGCAGGACUUCUUCACAUUAAGCAAAAUAUUAUUUUGCAUGAACAGCCUUUCACUUUGCUCAUCAGAGUAAAUCAUUAUUUUUAAUGCAGUAAAAGGCUUAUGAAAGGCAAC